UAAGCGUCCCCUUUGGACUCUCCUGCGCGAUCGGCGGCGCUCUUGGGCCGGCGUCCGAGACAAAGGCGGCCUCGGCGGGCCCUGGAGGCCGCUCAGCCUCUUCCUCCCCGCUGCCCAUGGCUUCUUCCAGCCGCCCAGCCAGCCGGCUCUCCUCUCCCGUCCUCUGGGCGGCCGCCAUCGGGGCGCAGGCUCUGCCUUCCUUUUGUGAGAUCCUCUGCACCGGCCACCAAGAAUGUUCCGAACAAGGCACCAGCUGGACAAGCCUGUGGUACGUUUGGCUUAUCCUGCUCACGGUGUUCCUGCUCCUGAUGUGUGGGAUCGGGGCCAGCUGUGCCAAAUUUUGCUGCCGCACCAAGCAACCCCUGCGUCAAACCUUCCCACCCCAUGCACACAACCUCACCGUCAUCCCCAUGGAGCAUGACAGCACCGCCCACAGCACCGUUACCUCCUAUAGCUCCCUCCAGUACCCCGCUAACGUCUCACUCUCGCUACCUUUUGGAGACCCAGAUCGGAAUACGGCUUGUCCUCCAGCCUACAGCCUCUACGCCAUAGAGAUGCCCCCUUCUUACGACGAGGCCAUCCGCAUGUCCAAGCCGGAGACUCCGUCAGUGGGCCCAAAACCAGACAGCCACGCCUGUGAACCAGCAGCGUCAGAUAGGGAGCGGAACGAAACCCCCAAUUUGCCCGGAUCAUCCCAAAACCGCCCCAUGGAGGCGCAGGAGAACCCGGGGGAUGCAUCUGCUUCUUCCCCCGAGCAAUCGUAGUGGUAGGGGAAGAGGGGAAUGCGGACUGAAGUCACAGUGGAGAAGGGAAAUGUGAUAAUCUGUGCUUGGAUCCAGUGUCUCCUGCCACUUCUGGUAAAAGUAAAGGUUCCCCUCACACAUCUGUGCGAGUCGUUCCUGACUCUAGGG